UUGACAACUCUAUACAUAUCAUUCACUGAAUAUGGAUCUCGAGUACAAUAUGUGGAAUGACCGAGCCUAAUAGGCUCAUCCACGAAGAGGAGCUCGAAGCCCUUCGAGCUACUUUCGCGGAUGACUGGCACGACAUUCCAGCUACAAAAACAGCAUGGGGAACAGAAGCAGAGGGAGGGUGGUGGGAGGUGACACUCAGAGGCAGGGACGACGCUGAACGAGUCAGCGUGGUCAUGAGGGGGAAAUUGACGAAGAAAUAUCCUCAGCAACCUCCUCCCAUCACUCUCCUACACCCGGUCUUCCUGUCUGCGAAUCAUGUACACAUUCUGUCCAAAUUACUGUCCGAUACCGCAAAGGCACGGGUCGGAGACAUGAUGAUAUACGAGCUCGCGGAUACCGCUAUUGAAUGGAUCAGCAAUAACCAUUUACCUCUACCCAAACCUGGGGAGGCGCCGAACCUGAUGGCUGAGCUCGCAAGAAGAGAGGAGACGAAACGAGCGGAAGAGGAAGCUCAACGCCAAGCCGCGCUGGAGAGACAGCAAGCAUUUCAAGAGGAGGAGAAUCGCAGGCUCACUGAGAGGAUUCAAAUCAAUACUUCUCAGAAGCAGGAACGGGCUCAGCAAGUAGCUCUUGAAGAGGCUGAGAGGCAACGUCAAGCAGCUCUGGCCACCAUGGCAGAUGGCGAGCUUGAAAUCAGGGAACUGAUUCUGAACUCGCCAAUGAAAGUGAAUGGCUAUGACGGCUCAUAUCGUUCUUGGCUACUCUUUGGUGGACAAAGGGACCUCACCUGGACUUCAUACAAUGCCGAGCCUGACUCAGUCUCCACAACGUUUGUUCGUGCCAAUGCCCCGCGACUGCAAGUGCAAGUCAUCGAUUUCUCGAGACCGUAUUAUUCUUCCGCUCUGGGCAAGAAGAAGAUCGAUAGUCUAGUCGGCGAGAUUCAGAAGCUCACCGAAGUCCAAUCGGACAAUGUUCUGAAGGUGUACGGAAGUCAUAGAGAUGUCAGCCCCAAGGGCUGGGAGAGACUGAUGGUGUUGGUCGAGCAUUUUGGUGAUGGCGGGAAGUUGAGUAGAUGGACGCCAUCGGACGGGUUCGGGGAAACUAUGGCUCGCGAGUAUAUCAUGCAGAUAAUGAGGGGCCUUAUGGAGAUUCACGCCACGGGAAUCACUCAGAAACAACUGGACCUUGAAAGCGUGAUUCUCUGUCACAGCCCUGCCUCUAGUGGCGCUGUCGUCAAGUUGUCAGGCACAGGCUAUGCUCGCCGAAUUGCGGAUCUUCAUAGAUCCAACCGCUUUCUGAAGAACUUCGAGGAUUCAGUUCCUGAUUCUUGGCUUUCUCCGGAUGAGAUCGACUCCCCUUAUACUUACUCCGCUAAAAGAGACAUGUGGCAUGCUGGUGUGCUCCUUGUCCAGCUUAUAUUCGGUCAAGCCUCCCUCGGCAAAUACCCCAAUCUACCAAUUCUAUUGCAGAGCGUUCCAGAACUUUCAGACAACAUGAUAGAUCUCCUGUCGGGACUUUUGCACCCGAAUAAUAAGAAGAGGUACACGGCAGAAGAGGCUCUAGUCAGAUCUCAGAGCUCCGAGAUGACAAUCAGAAAGGCUGUCCACUGGCCAAAUUCCUCGCAAUCAAUCGCGUCACCGCGACCCAUCGAUGGCCUGGGCUCUUCCCCAACACGCUUGAUGGGAUCGUACUUUCCCAACACGUCGAUGAUGAAAACGCCUCAUUUGUCUCGAUAUCGUGCAGAUUUCGAAGAAGUCGAAUUCCUGGGCAAAGGAGGCUUUGGCGAAGUGGUCAAAGCUCGAAACAAAUUGGAUGGUAGAUCGUACGCUAUCAAGAAGGUGAAACUGCGACCGGACGACAAUGAGCAGAAGGUAUAUCGAGAAGUCAACAACCUUUCUAAAGUGUCUCAUCAACACAUUGUCCGGUACUAUGGAUGCUGGCUUGAGGAUAUUGCACCAUCGCGCCCGGCAACGCCAGUGGUCGAACCUGCCGUGAAUUCUGGAAGCACGACAACUGAGUCGGAUUCUGAUAUAUACGCUCCGCCGAAUUUCAACGACUUGUCUUUCUCCCGGAAUGAUCACUCACGAAGCGCUUCGUUUCCUCGGAUCCGUUUCGCCAAUUCUGGGGAAGACGAAGAUGAUGAGGACGAUCCUUCAGACGAAUCGACAUCAUCUGAAGAAACGACAAAUGCCACCUCCGUCCGAGCGGCAGAUGUCUCGCCCAUGUCCCCGGUUAGAAUCGGACCAGGUCCAUCCGUGUCGGUGACGGAAACUACCGAAGGUGAUUCAGGCGUACAGCGUAUCCUUUACAUCCAAAUGGAGUUCGUAGAGAAACAAACCCUUCGUGAGGCGAUCAAUCAAGGCCUGGGGGACGACGAGCUCUGGCGGCUUUUCGUUCAGAUUCUUCAGGCUUUGGCUCACAUGCAUGGUCUGGGAAUAGUCCACAGAGACUUGAAGCCGUCGAAUAUUCUACUAGACGCUACUGGCAAUGUGAAGAUAGCAGAUUUUGGUCUCUCAACUACUGAGCUGGCCGCUGUCGACGCCCAAUCUGGCUUGCAUCCAAGCCAUCAAAGUGGCAACGACGACGCAGAGCGGACUUCGAACAUUGGAACCAGCCUAUAUAUCGCACCCGAGGUCGCUAUUUCACGAAUGUAUAAUGAAAAGGCCGAUAUGUACUCCCUCGGCAUCAUCUUUUUUGAGAUGUGCUUCAGAUUCAAGACUGGGAUGGAACGCGUCCAGAUGCUUCAGGCACUUCGGAAAGAGGCGAUUGUGUUCCCUUCUGCCUGGCCAGAAGCUGCCCGAACCUCACAGAAGGAGAUUAUAAAGGGUCUGCUGAGGCAUGAGCCGGAAGCGAGACCAAAGGCGACUCAGCUUUUGUCGAGUUCACUGCUCCCAUCGCCUGAGAAGCAGAAGGAGUUCUAUGUCGCCGCUAUUGCCGAGCUGACGAACCCUCGGUCUACCGAAUACUCGUCGCUCUUGAGGGCGCUGUUUGAUCCGCAUAACCAUGCGUAUUCGGUCUCCGUAGACAACCGCCUGGAUGACUACACGUUCGACAACGAUGUAGACGAUGAACUGCAGGUCUGGCUAACGGUCGUCAUUCAAAGACUAGUCGAGCUGUUCGAGCGGCAUGGCGCAGUGGAAACAUACCUGCCACUCCUGAUGCCCGAAACCACCCUUUUGUCGGCAUUCCCUGAUCUUUCUCCGGUUCGCAUGCUAGAUCAAGGUGGAAAGCUCGUGCAGCUGCCGUCGUCCGAGCUGCUAUCCAUGGCGCGCACGGCCACUAGAAGGCGCAUUGAGCGAAUCAAGAGAUAUCACGUCGGUCAUAAAUACACUGAUCAUCCGGCCGGAGGGCAGCCCAGAGCGACAGGAGAUCUUACCUUUGACAUUGUCUCGCCCCUGAAAUCAGCGGUGGCAGAAGCCGAACUGCUCGAGGUCGUUGACAAGGUAAUAUCGGAAUUCCAGGGCAUCCGAGCAUCCACACCUGUCGACUACGAGUUCCACAUCAAUCAUGAGAGUGUGCUCUCAACCAUCUUGGCGACUGUGCCUGACCGUCUUCGAUUUCAAGUAUUAAAAGCCUUCAAGUCGAUUGGCCCUGGUGUUGGAUCUGCUCAAUCGCGAAUGCUAUUUAGCGGCGUCGUUGGACUUUCAAAGCCGAUUUUAGAUGAUCUAGAGCAAUGCUGCAUCGCCGAGGACUUUGAUACUGUCAGAGGGAGACUGGAAGGCCUAUUCAGCUCUGGAAAAAGGAAACUGUCUCCAGUCUUCGACAAUAUGGCGACAAUAAUCCGGCUAGCUAGGGCAUGUGGCGUAUCCAGGAAGAUCGUAUUCCGACCUACGCUGGCAAGAAAUGCAGAGUUCUUUCGCGGCGGUUUCAUGUUUGAGUGCGUUCGGCGAGGUAAACAACGAGAGGUCAUGGCGUUUGGUGGAAGGUAUGACUGUCUUCUUGAGCAUUUCAAAGAGCCGGCACAGCAGAUGCAGUCAAGGAAGGUCUAUGGUGUGGGCAUGUCGAUAGCAGUCGAUCAACUUGCCCGGAUGGUCAGAGUCUACGAGAGCUCUCUGUCCGAGAGACUCAUGAACAAGGAAAAGGAGAAUGAGCGAUCAUUCGGAUUCUGGAGUCCAUCACGAUGCGAUGUCUACCUCGCUGCUGUCACUCAAGUGGACCUCGCCACCCGCCUGUCGAUCAUUGGGGAGCUUUGGCGAGCAGGAGUUCGAGCAGAUUUGCAGUAUGACGACGACCGAUCUUUGGACGAAGUUGCGACAGAGUGCUACGAACAGAGCACGCUGUAUCUCGUCAUACCGCGCGCAAAUCGUCCUACUCUCAAAGUACGCUCGAUUCUCAAGCGCACCGAAGAAGAAGUACUCCGCGCUGAACUUUGCGUGUAUCUCCGCCUAGCGAUAGCCGAGCAACGAAGGAUCGAUGCGACUUAUGCGUCCGCAGAGGGCUCUAUGCCCUCUCUACAAGCUGCAGCACUCGCGGUCGACACGCGCAGCAGUGAUAUCGAUAUCCGCCUUGUUCUUCCGCCCGAGCCAAAUAGCGCAAAAGGGACCAAAGGUCGACCUGUCCGAAAACACCGGCACGUCACCAAGACCGUCUACUAUGACAAAGCUUCUGAAUUUGCAGAGUCUACUCGGUCGACAUUGCCAAUUGUAGGCGUGGAUUUGGCUCCGUCCAUUCUUGCUCAGAUGGCUCUGGAAUCGUCCUGGUUGUCGGAUGAAGAGGCCUGGCGUACACUUCUAGCCCCAUUCUCCACUGCGGACAGGCGAUAUGUGGAGAGCAUCAGAGAUGCGAUAGUCGACAUCAAGAGUAAGAGUGAGGGAGACGGCUGGUUGUGGCUAUUUGGUGUUCGGGAUAAUAAGGUCGGUGGUCUGCAUGGCGCGCGGUACGGUCUCUGACCAUCGCUACAGGGCUUCCUACUGCAGCCAAACUUGAAGUGACGAAACGACGCAUAAACCCAUCUCAUAACUUUUGUCGCAA